GAUCCUUAAAACUGCAACAUUAGAAAACAUACACUUUGACUUCAGUGCUUAGCUGUACAUAUACCAUGAGUUUGAAUUAUAAAAUAUUUUGUACAAUAUACUUCUGGCUAAUUACUACAAAUGUGUCAAAGGGCGCUGAUUUUACUGGCGACAGUUAUGAAAUUAAUCGAAUAGAUUUCUCUCCAUUUAAUGAUGCAAUUCUUUUUAAUGAUAUAGCUGAGAUAAUCAAUGAUUUCGACAGUACUAUGUAUCCCGUAGCCCCAAGCGAAAGUGAUAGCGAUGAAAAUAUCGAAGACUUGCUAUCUGAAUACCAACAUUAUCUAGACAAAGCGCACAAACAAAAGAAAAUCUACGAAGAGAAAUUUAAAAGUAAAAACAAAGUGCCAAUGUUGCGUCACGAAAGGUUCUCAAAAAUCAAACCUUUCCCGACAAAUAAAUACGUAGACUAUUUUAAUUCCUUAUCUAAUCCGUUUACUUUCACGGAAAAAUCUUACGAUAAUAAUCAGCUAGACUUCUUUGUACCUUUUAAUCCAGACGUAAAAUAUAUUCAUAGACCGGAACCAUACGGUAAAACUUCAUACAAAAAUAAUCACAACGAGAAAGAGAAAACGAUCACAGAGGAGAAGCAAUUCAUAAAUUUACCUUUACUUUCCCCAAGAAUAAAUUAUGAUCUUAUGAAGUCACCUUGCAUUUGCAAAGAUAAUCAAAUACCGUGCGAUUGUAAUUGCAAGCAAUGCCUGAUGCCGAUCGAAACGACCGGUAACGAUAAUUUUGACCAAUCAAAACACGUAGAUUUUGCUGACAACAAAGCCAUUUUUUCGCCGAUGGCUUUCAACAAUGAUAACAUAUUUGAAAACUCUGGAUUUUCAAACCGACCUACAACGGCUGAUAAUGAUCUGAAUAUACGUAUUAAGGUUGACAUUCAACUACCGAGAAUAUUAGAAAGUCUUCUAAAACAGAAGAACCGCAGCCAAGACAAAGAAUUAGAAAACGAUGAAAAAAAUUCUAAAGAAGCUAGAUUCCUUUUCCAUUCGCCUGUAUCAAAAUUAAAUUUUCCUAUACCGAUAGAAAUUUUUGGACUGAAAAAACCAAUAAGGCUUAACAAGCAUGAUUCCACCUCUAUGCACAAAAUAACAAUUCACAAGAAAAAGAAAUCAAAACUCAAUAACAAUGGUAACAAGAAACACAAGAAAAAAAUUAUUACAUUUCACAAUAUAAAAUUUGAACCGCAAGUAGUUCCAGAAAUAAAUACGAAUAAUAAUAUUAGCAAUAUCAAUAAAGAAAUUGAAGAUCGCGACUCUCAACCACAGUUGCUAACUUUCAACAACACUCAAAAUAUUAACGAAACAAAUGCACUGAAUCAAAGUAUACCAGAUAUAGCACCUUUGAUAAAUACUAGUACAAGCAUAAUUCACGGAAAAGCAUCAGAAAUCCCUUUCAUAAUACAUAAUAUGGAUAACAAAACAUACGAUUUUCAUAAAACUGAAAACAGUAUAGAAGUAGACUUCGUAAAGACAGUUUCUAAUAUUUCUACAGCGAUGCCUAAAAUCUUAAGAAACAGACGCUCUGCUGAAAAUAAUAAAACGAUAACACACGAUGAAAAAAGUAGACCAAAUACAAAAUUGAUAGAAAGAAAAAAAGGCGUCAAUGCUUUAAAAGAAACAAAAGAUAAUAUUAAAAUAUUGAACGUCGAUUCUGAACUUUUAUACUGGCCAAAUAAUUCUAAGAUCUCUAAUAGUACACGUAUACCUAAAAAUAUAACCGAAAUUAUAUUAGAAAGAGAAAGUAACAAAGUAAAGUUGAACAUAUCCCAAGAGACGAUACGUAACAAUCAUACGAUGGCUCUGGAACACGCAAUUUUCGGAAAUGUUGAUUGGAACGAUGUGGAUACUAUAGCUCCUGUUUUCUUGUCAUUUAUGGGAAAAUAUAUUAGAGGAAUAUUGACGUUUUGCUCCCAAAAGACGUGUCAUUCCAUGAAAUGUGUUGAUAAAGCCUGUAUACAUAGAAUUUGUUCACCAGAAAACCGAUUUAAUCACAGAGGUCACUGCAAUGGAUCUAACAGAACAGACAGCGUCGCCACAAUGGAAACAGUAAUGGAUUUACCAUCUAAUUUAGCAUUAGAAAUAGUGGAUAUUUUACAAGACAAAAUGUUGGGUAAAGUCUUUGGAAAGGCAACUCUUUGCAUUGGCACAAAAUGCAUCAGUUUAGUUGCGUCAAAGAAAAACUUUUUCAAAUCUAAAUGUUCUAUAAAAGAGCUGGAUUCUUCGGGUCAUUGUAGAAAUAUAAAACACUCUAAAGUGAUGUAAUACUAUUGUUUAUGUACCAUUGUUUUAAAAAUAAAUGCUUCAUGGGA